CCCAGAACUAACAGUCGAUUGCUUGUUGAGUCACCGAUUCUUCAGCAAUUUCGGCCCUGCAUCGAGUCCCCUUGCAUUUCUGGCAACUAGCCAUUGACCGUCUUUCAAUUCAAUUCAACCCAACCCAACUGUAUAUCUGUCUAUCUAUCUACCUGACUCCCCUGUCUUCCACCUCCGUUAUCGCACACCAUGAGUCUCAACCUGGCCGUCGCUCGGAGCGGCACCUUGCGCCAGCGACUCCCUCUCAAUGCUGUGCGCCAAUAUUCUUCUCACGCGACGCCUCCCACCUCGCCCUUCGCUCCUCGUCAUUUCCUCUCCGUCGGUGACCUCUCCCCCGCCGAAUUCGCGGCGCUCGUCCGCAAUGCCUCGUCGCACAAGCGGUCCAUCAAGUCCGGCUCCAUCCCCCAGAACCUGCUCGGCUCGUUGACCGGGAAAACCGUGGCCAUGAUGUUCAGCAAGCGCAGUACUCGCACGAGGAUCUCGACGGAAGGCGCCGUGGUACAGCUGGGCGGUCAUCCGAUGUUCCUGGGCAAGGAUGACAUUCAAUUGGGGGUGAACGAGUCUCUGUACGACACGUCCGUGGUCAUCUCCUCCAUGGUCUCCUGCAUGGUGGCCCGGGUGGGCAAGCACGCGGACGUGGCCGACCUCGCGAAGCACUCGUCUGUGCCCGUGAUUAAUGCACUUUGCGACUCCUACCACCCGCUGCAGGCGGUGGCCGAUUUUCAGACCAUCUACGAGAACUUCACGCCCAAGGCCCAUCACCUGACCAGUCUGGGCCUGGAGGGGCUGAAGAUCGCCUGGGUGGGCGACGCCAACAACGUCCUGUUCGACAUGGCGAUCGCCGCGGCGAAGAUGGGCGUCGACCUGUCCGUGGCGACGCCGAAGGGGUACGAGAUCCCCGCCUCGAUGCUGCAGAUCAUUGCGGAGGCGGGCAAGACUGCCCCCAAGCCCGGAAAGCUGAUCCAGACCAACGUCCCCGAGGAGGCAGUCAAGGACGCCGAUGUUCUGGUGACCGAUACCUGGAUUUCGAUGGGACAGGAGGCGGAGAAGAUCCAGCGGUUGAAGGACUUCGAGGGCUUCCAGAUUACCCCGGAGCUUGCCAAGCGGGGCGGUGCCAACGAGGGUUGGAAGUUCAUGCACUGCUUGCCGCGACACCCCGAGGAGGUCAGUGACGGGGUCUUCUAUAGUAACCGGUCGUUGGUAUUCCCCGAGGCAGAGAAUCGUCUAUGGGCUGCCAUCUCGGCACUGGAGGGAUUUGUUGUCAACAAGGGCAAGAUUGAGUAGGAAGACGGAAAGGAAGAAAGAAAUAAAAUAAAGGAUGGGAAAAAGGGAGAUAAAAAUUACACAAUUUUUUUUACACGAAUGUUUAAUUUGGAAGCGAAGCCAAAAGUUCGAGGGUAUCAUAGUCUAUUCAUAGCGAGAAUACUAGUAGCGAU